GUUGUUUUGUUAGAUCUCCACGCGGAACUGCCGAUGUAAUUACAAACUUCUCAACAUUCCCAGCACAAUUGAUAAUGGGAAGUGUACAAGUGCUACAAUGUCUGAGAACUUCACAGACAAAGACUGAGCAAGGUAUAUUCAAUGUUUGCUACUUAAUUACUUGGAAUAUGUGGACGUGAGAAUGUGUGCACUGAUUAGCCGAUCAAACACAACAAAGGACAAUGGAUGUUUGCUUCUUUCAACAAAUUAGCUGGAAUGUUAAAGCAUAAAGCUACCUUUCUGUGUUCUGGAUGGUUUAAGAACAGUUAACUAAAACAGUGAUGAGCAAGUAAUGGGAGCAACAGAUGACACAGAGAUCAAUGAUGUGGAUUUUGAAAAGUCCCCAGAAGCAGGAUUCAUUAUCAGAGCUGCUACUUUCCCAUACUUGAUGAGAAGAACGCUACAUGAUUUUGAUGCUUUAGGACCAGUUGUGGAGCCAUGCAAAUUUUCUUCAGUAUUUUUUCUAACAUAUCAAUGGUUUCUGGAGCCAGGGGAGCUUCUUUCUCUUUUUUCAGACCGAUACAAGAUGUUAUAUUUAUCAGAUAAAGAAAAGGAACGAGCCAAAAAGCUCCAGAUAUGUCAAACAGUAAGUUAUUGGAUAAACAACUUUGGCUACGAUUUUAAAUCAUCACAAGAUGUGAGGAUGCAGUUACUCGAGUUCCAGAACGAGGUCCAGCUCGAUAUCGGAAAUAAGGCUGCUCGCCUUCUGGACUUGGAAAAGUGGAAUGUCACUAAACGCAGUCAGAAAUUCAAGCUUGAUUCAAGAACACAUGACAGUCUUAAUUUUAAUGAUAUCAGUUCUAAAGAUUUUGCUGCAAAUAUAACAUAUCUUGACUGGAAUGGAAUCAGCAAAAUACAGUUCGUGGAAUGGAGGAACUAUACAAAAGAAGGAAAAGCUGACUCAGCACCGAAUUUACAAAAACAGAUUGCCAUGUUCAAUAAUAUCUCCAAGUGGGUUGUUGCUAUGGUACUACAAAAGGAAUCAGCCAGUGGAAGGGCAAGGCAAUUCAAAAAGUUUAUUCAAAUUUGUAGAGAACUGAAAGACCUUGGUAAUUAUAACAGCUUAAUGGCAGUUAUUGGUGGCUUGUCUAAUAGUAUUUUGAAUAGAAUGCACAAGACUAGAGAAUUUUUGUCCAAUGAAGAUAAAUUGUUUAUCAAGGAAAUGCUCGAGCUACUUUCAUCUGAUAACAACUACAGUAACUACAGAAAUGAAGUUUCAAAAUUAGAUGGAAUUUACCUUCCUAUAUUAGGCGUUUUAAUGAAAGAUCUGAUUAGCCUGGACACGGCUGUGAAUGAUUUCUUUGAGAAGAGAAAGAGGCCAUUUUGCAAUUACAAGAAAAUGCUUCAGUUAGCACAACUUUUACAUCAAGUAACGAAUCUUGCCAAACACAAGCCUGAAAUCGUCCCAAAACAAGAUUUGGUUACCAUGCUAAGGGUUUCUUUGCAACCAAGGUACAGUGAAGAGGAGCUUUAUGAACUGUCCCUGGCUCGUGAACCAAGAUGUGAAACGAUAGGUUACCGAACCUUAAAAAGCAAUGGAUUGAAACCCGUCUUUGCUGAGUGGGCUGCUGGUGUAAAUGCAACUCCAGACAGAGAAACGGUUGAGCGUUAUGUUGACCGCAUGGUAGACGCGGUUUUCAAAAUAUACGAUAAAGACCGGGAUGGGAGCAUUAACCAAGCAGAAUUUCAAAGUAUAGCGACAAAUUUUCCAUUUAUUGAUGACUUUCAAAUGCUAGAUACAAAUUGUGAUGACAGCAUAAGUCGGGAAGAGAUGCGAAAUUACUUCAUGAACGUCAACUCGCACAAGAUGACAAGAGAUUUCGUCCACUGCUUCCAGGAGACAACUAUCAUCACUCCAGUAUUGUGUGAAUAUUGUACAGGAUAUCUUUGGGGCCUCGGUAAAUCAGCCUACAAAUGCAGAGAAUGCCAGAUAACGUGUCAUAAAGACUGCAAAGAUCACGUUGUUAUGGAAUGUCGUCAAAAGAAUCACAUCAAAGUGAAGAUGCCAAAGUCAAAAGCGCUGAAGAAAAAGCUGAAAUUUAUGGAACAGUCUUUCGGCGGAUCAACUGACUCACAAAUCUCUAAUGGCGAAUCUUCGUCUCCGAUUUCGCUGCAGAAAAUCAAUUUAAUUGACAAUGACGAAUUGCAGCUAUUGAAAAGCAAGCUUUAUGACUCAGAGAAGGAGCAGACAUUGUUACGAGAAGAAAACGAGCAAUUAAGGUUAAAACUCCACGAUGCAGAAAUUGAAGUCGACGAACUUAGGUUGAGACUUUCUGAUUUCAGACAACACACUUCUUACACGUUUUGGAAACAGAUGCAGAUGUUGAAUACGAAAGUGCAAACGGACGUAUAGCUCAACGGUUUCCGCUAACUACCUCCAUCAGUUUAGCAAUUUGGGACAACAGAAAUCUUGAUAAGACAGAGACCAUAAGUAAAAUAUGUCAAUUUCAUGUUUUGCUUUCAUGACUAUAUCUCGUCAGAGUUUGCUCAGCAAUCUGUCUCGCAAAAAGCUAAAAUUUUGAGUCAUUUACGCAAAAUCCAGAAGUUUUAUUUUUGCAAAGAAGAUAAAGAACUCUUGGAACAACGUUGUUUCAAACUGAUCAACAGAUUAAGAGACUGUAAAUUCUUAUUAUAAUUUACGCUCAUAGUUAUUAGUAAUGGCCCCUCUUAGAUAGAUAGUUUAAUUUCUAUUUAUUUUUAUCCAUAUAUUAAUGUAAUGUAACUCCACUCCCACUUUUUAUGUAUGCUAUAGAUUAGAAAUUUUCCGGGGAGCUGUGAAUUCGAAUAAUUAAGUAAAGAUGUAGAGUAAAUAAAGAUUUAGAAUAAAUAUCCUUUAGAAUUUAUCACCACCGUCACCAUCACCAUCCCUAUUAUCUUCAAUGAUGGUAAUAACAAUGAAUUAAUUUCAUUUUCGAUUCAAUUGCAAAUCUCAUUUUCGAUUCAAUCUGGUGUUUCAGAAAAUUCUGUAAGAAUAUAAUACAAAAAAAAUAAAGAAUGAUAUUUAUGUAUUUUGAUAAUGACAACAAUGGUAGUGAUAAUCUUCAACAAUAAAACCUUCAAUCACAAAUCAGCAAUCACCAAUCACAAUCUAUCAAUCGCCACUACCAUUGUAUUUCGAUGAUUUUAUCAUACAUGUAUCAAAGAAUUUAAAAUCGUAAACGUCGAUUAGUCAGUUGUAAACCAAUAUGUACAGAACAGUUAUUUGGUUUAAACAGAAGCAUUCUCACGCUGGUUA